AUGUUUGCUGGAAAAGUUGAUGAGGCCCCUCCCCCUGGGUACACCCCUCUCACACAGGACCCUCACAGCCUCAGUCUGCAUCAGGGGAUUACAUCGUCUAACAAUCGUCUAACAAUCACUGGACACUCGCUGGAUUUGUGCUUCUGCCAUUACAGACCUGCCCUGAUCCAACCAAAACUCGGCCACAGCACCAUGAGCCAGUACAGCGUGACCCUGAUCGGACCUGCUCCCUGGGGCUUCCGACUGCAGGGAGGGAAAGACUUCAACAUGCCCCUCGCCAUCUCCAGGCUUACAGACGGGGGUAAAGCGUCCAAAGGAGGCGUUGCCGUGGGCGACCUGGUCUUGUUCAUCGACGGCAUCUCCACUGACGGCAUGAACCACCUGGAGGCGCAGAACAAGAUCAAGAACUGCAGCGGAAACCUCCAGCUCAACCUGCAGAAGGCUCCUACUGUUCCCAAACCCCCGCCGGUCGCCCCAAAGGACGACAUCAUCAGACCCGUGGCUCUGACUCAGCCCCUCCCCCUUCUCCCCCGGGACAGUCCGACUCCUGGCCCACCACCGCCCAUCCCCUCGGCCUUGUCAGCCUUCACCCCGCCAAGCCCCUCCCCCGCAGUAUGCCCCGCCCACCCGUCCGUCUACAACUCCCCCAUCCUUCUGUACUCUGCCCAGAACGCCUGUGAGGUGGCCCUGGGGCAGAGGCGGGGGCUGGGGGAUGUAGGGGGUGGACCUCGUGGCCUGGGGGAGAAAAGGGGUGGAGCUUUGGGGCACGGGGAAACACUGGGCGGAGCUUUGGCUAACGGUGUAUUUAUCCACUUCCGCUGCUCCUUGCUCUGUCUGCUCUGUACAAUCCACAGUAACAUUUUGAAGCCUCCACAUUUCUCCUCUGUUCCUCCUCCUCUGCAGACGGGAGCAGCUCGAGCCGUCGCAAAUGGACCUCAAAGUAUUAUGAAGAAAGCUCAGGCUCCCAGAGCACCUCGUAAACACAUCGUGGACACAGACAUUCACUUCUACCACGUCCCCACGCACGCCGACGCCAGCCGCAAGCGCAUCACUGAGGACACCGAGGACUGGAGACCACGCACCGGAACCACCCAGUCCAGGUCCUUCAAGAUCCUGGCCCAGAUCACCGGCACCGAGAACCCUCAACCUGAAGAGACGGACUCAGCCAAGAAGACAAACGUGAACAAGAGCGCCACCCGGCUGCAGGUGGGGCCUAAGUACCACGAGCUGAGGGACUGGCACCACGGCGUGUCUGCGCGUACGCUCAAUGUGCACAACGAGGGGGUGGAGUCUGCGGUGGACGGUCACAACUUUGCAGUGGUGAAAACCAUGAUGAAGGGUCCGAUACAAGGUAUCGGAGCGCAGUCGGGUUUGGUGACUCCCUCUUUCCGGUUGAAGGACAGCGGAGCACCCAAAGGCCCCGUCCCCUUCAGAGCCCUCCCCCAGCCACACCCAAAGGACCAGGACACGCUGGUGCAGAUGGCAGAGCACUACCCAGGAGGCACCAGGACCCCAAUGUGUGCCCACUGCAGCAUGGUCAUCAGGGGUCCGUUCCUGGUGGCCAUGGGGCGGUCGUGGCACAAAGAGGAGUUCACCUGUGCCCACUGCAGCUCGUCUCUGGCUGACCUGGGCUUUGUGGAGGAGCAGGGCUGUGUUUACUGUGAACACUGCUACGAGGAAUUCUUUGCCCCCACGUGCAGCCGCUGCAGAACCAAGAUCAUGGGGGAGGUGAUGAACGCCCUGAAGCAGACGUGGCAUGUCUACUGCUUCCUGUGUGCCUUCUGUCAGCAGCCAAUCAGAAACAAAAGCUUCCACAUGGAGGACGGGGAGCCGUACUGCGAGACAGACUUCUACAGUCUGUUCGGAACGGGCUGUCACGGCUGCGAGUUUCCCAUCGAGGCGGGGGACCGGUUCCUGGAGGCUCUGGGCUUCACCUGGCACGACACCUGCUUCGUCUGUGCGGUUUGCUGCACGACUCUGGAGGGACAGAAGUUUUUCUCUAAAAAGGACAAACCUCUGUGUAUCGGAGCGCAGUCGGGUUUGGUGACUCCCUCUUUCCGGUUGAAGGACAGCGGAGCACCCAAAGGCCCCGUCCCCUUCAGAGCCCUCCCCCAGCCACACCCAAAGGACCAGGACACGCUGGUGCAGAUGGCAGAGCACUACCCAGGAGGCACCAGGACCCCAAUGUGUGCCCACUGCAGCAUGGUCAUCAGGGGUCCGUUCCUGGUGGCCAUGGGGCGGUCGUGGCACAAAGAGGAGUUCACCUGUGCCCACUGCAGCUCGUCUCUGGCUGACCUGGGCUUUGUGGAGGAGCAGGGCUGUGUUUACUGUGAACACUGCUACGAGGAAUUCUUUGCCCCCACGUGCAGCCGCUGCAGAACCAAGAUCAUGGGGGAGGUGAUGAACGCCCUGAAGCAGACGUGGCAUGUCUACUGCUUCCUGUGUGCCUUCUGUCAGCAGCCAAUCAGAAACAAAAGCUUCCACAUGGAGGACGGGGAGCCGUACUGCGAGACAGGUCUGAACCAGGUCGGAACCAGGUCGGAACCAGACUUCUACAGUCUGUUCGGAACGGGCUGUCACGGCUGCGAGUUUCCCAUCGAGGCGGGGGACCGGUUCCUGGAGGCUCUGGGCUUCACCUGGCACGACACCUGCUUCGUCUGUGCGGUUUGCUGCACGACUCUGGAGGGACAGAAGUUUUUCUCUAAAAAGGACAAACCUCUGUGUAAGAAGCACGCGCAGACACUUAAGAUCUGA